ACCGGGGACCCUUCGCUGUCACUGCAGAGAGAGCUGCGGUUCCCAGGGUGGAUUCUGCUCCCCAGAUUCAUGACAAGAUACUCGACACCUCCCUCCCCUCGGAGUUCCCGUUUCUCGGCUUUUGUGCCCGCUGUCCGUCUGCAGCAUACCCCUUCCCCUGCGUCCUCCGCUUGGAUCCCCCGGCCUUACAGGACUGAAAGGCGGGCCCACUUGGGGAGGGCGAGGCCGGGGGAGGCUCGGGCGCCCCGCGGUUCCCCUCCCCCAGCCGGAGAUGCGACCCGCCCCUCCCAGCGGCGCGCGCGGAGCGGCUGUUGCCGGGAGAGCGGGUCGGAGGCCGUGGGAGAGGAGGGCGCGUGGGCGGCGGGUCCGGGGCUCCGAGGGGGCGGGCGCCCCCGGCUGCACCGGGAUCACGCCUUUCCUUCUCUGAAGCCCGCUCGGGUCCUGUGGAGGCCCCUCCGAGGAUGACAGCAAGAGACAGGGCGACAUGAGAGACUGGAUUGAGCACUGCACUGGAGAGCUUCCUGGUAGGAGAAUUAACCCCGAAAGAGACUGAAGUGAGUUUCAGGAUGGCAAAAGAGGAGUCCCCAAGCACCUCGAAGGACCUGCAGGAGCUGCAGAGGAAGCUGUCUUUGCUGAUAGAGUCUUUCCAGAAUAACUCAAAGGUGGUCGCCUUCAUGAAGUCUCCAGCAGGGCAGUACUUGGACAGGCAUCCUUUUCUGGCCCUCACCUUGCUGGUGUUCGUUGCCAUGUCGGCUGUUCCUGUGGGGUUCUUCGUGCUGCUCGUGGUGCUCACCUCCCUGGCUGCUCUCGUGGGGGUCAUGUUGCUGGAAGGACUGGUCCUCUCUGUGGGUGGCAUCUCACUGCUUUGUAUCCUCUGUGGCUUGGGCUUGGUCUCGCUCGCCGUGUCAGGGAUGAUCAUAGCGUCCUACGUGGUGGUGUCCAGCCUCAUCAGCUACUGGUGUUCUCCCAGACAACUGAACCAGCAAAACCCUAGUGGCGACUGUCCGCUGGCCAUGAAGUCCGCUGACUUUGAGGGGCUCUACCAGGAAUGACCAGCUCAAUCGAUGGAACCAAUGCUUUUUUCCAAACAUCUCUGAACAGCUGUCGGAUCAUACUCACCCUCGAGAUUAUGACUCAGAGCAGGGGCUGAGCAGUCAAGCACUCCUUAGACUUGUCUUUUAGCUCUUUCACUUACUGUUUGUAGGAUACCACAGUGGCCAAUUUGGGCGUCUUGUUGCUUUUGGGUUGGUUCUCUCAUCGAACCCACCCUCACAUGGAGAAUCAGUAGAGAAGUGCGAUGGCCUGACAGCUCACCCUGCCUCUUGCUCCCACGCCCCAAGUGUGCAGACUUGACCUUGGCAGGGUCCCGGGCUUCUAGAGCCCUGCCACUUGACCCCAGAGCCUCAAGGCUUGUGUCCAGGGCUCCACUGGGGGCAACAGUGGGUCAUUUCUGUUUUGGUUUUACAAAUGAGGAAAGCUGUUUAUUUUCUUACUUGUGAAAUGAGGUGAAAAAAAAGAAAAUCCCAAACAGAGCAAGCUCUCCUGCCUUACUCGCUUUCUAUCAGAAGGCUUGGGAAUAAUAGGCUCUCAAAGUUGGAAAAUAGAGUCUAAGCUAACUUUGUGGCCAAGAAUCUUUUUGAAAAACUCUAAAGGUGUAGUUUCACUGUUGAGUACUGUUGAGUGCUGUUAAGUUUUUAAAUAUUUGCACUUGCUACUUUUGUAUUGUUUUAAAGAAUUUGUCAUCUUAAGCCAUUUCUUCUUCAAAACAAAAUGCUGAAGAACUACAGAGUAAAAAUAAAACAUCCUGUGGGAAAUCUA